CUCGAGCGUCGUCUUUAAGCUUCGUCGCCGUUAGGGUUUAUCGGGCUGUUUCUCGCGUUUUGUCGCCGCCGUUGCCGGAGUUCUUCGUCUUCGCUCCUGAGCACUAAAAAGAAGACAUCUUCUGGUCUCUGUCACGAUGUUGCGCAGAAACGUUAGGUUAAGGAAAGAGUAUCUCUACAGGAAAAACUUGGAAGGCAAAGAGCGUUUACUCUAUGAGAAGAAGCGGAAGAUCAGGGAAGCUCUGCAAGAAGGAAAGCCAAUUCCUACUGAGCUUCGAAAUGAGGAGGCAACGCUUCGACAGGAGAUAGAUCUUGAAGAUGAAAAUACUGCCGAACCGCGUACACAUAUUGAUGAUGAAUAUGCUAAUGCUACGGAAAAAGAUCCAAAGAUUUUGUUGACAACAUCUAGGAAUCCAAGUGCUCCACUCACGCAAUUCGUUAAGGAAUUGAAGUUUGUAUUUCCCAAUGCGCAGAGAAUAAAUCGUGGUGGCCAGGUCAUCUCUGAGAUCAUUGAAACGGCUCGGUCACAUGAUUUUACGGAUGUUGUAUUGGUUCAUGAACACCGUGGUGUGCCUGAUGGCCUUAUCGUAUCUCACCUUCCGUUUGGUCCAACUGCAUACUUUGGAUUGCUCAAUGUGGUUACUAGACAUGAAAUUCAAGACAAGAAAGCUAUUGGAAAUAUGCCAGAGCAAUAUCCUCAUCUUGUAUUCAACAACUUUACAACCAAGGUUGGAGAAAGAGUUUCAAACAUCUUGAAGCACCUAUUCCCAGUUCCAAAACCGGAUGCAAGACGUAUUGUUACGUUUGCUAAUCAAUCCGACUAUGUUUCGUUCCGGAACCAUGUAUACGAAAAAGCAGGAGGCCCGAAAUCAAUUGAACUGAAAGAGAUUGGACCUCGGUUCGAACUGAGGCUGUACCAGAUAAAGCUGGGAACUGUGGAACAGAACGAAGCUCAGACAGAAUUUGUCAUAAAGCCGUACAUGAACACUUCCAAGAAACGCAAAUAUAUUGGUGAUUGAUCCCAAUGCUCUUCUCUCGUUUGUACUCUUUUCAAUUUCGGUUGGGGUGUAAACUAAGUAACAGAGGGUCAUUGUAAAAAGGGUGGUCAUUGCGUUUGAUUUUAUUAUCCGAACCCAAUAGCAAAUAUUUUUUUUCAUAUAAUUAUGAUACAAUAAUUAUGCUCCA